AUGGCCAGCAGCUCUGCCCAGCACCCUGCCACCAAGACCACGUACAUCUGCAAGUGUACUUUGAGAGGCGGCUGGAUGUGUCCCUUGGAAACAGCACCUCGGAUGGGGCAGCAUGGUAUCUCCUGGACAGCAACUGACAGCCCCUGGGGGGGGGGGGGGGGAUCUCUUCCAGUUCUGCCCUUCCAGGAGGUUUGGGGCCGCAGCUUUUGUCGGCCUUUGGAGAAGUUGGUGGACAUUGUGACUGAGUACCCCAGUGAGGUGGAGCACCUGUUCAGCCCCUCCUGUGUCUCUUUGCAACGCUGCACUGGCUGCUGUGGGGAUGAGAGGCUCCAGUGUGUCCCUGUGGAAACAGCCAAUAUCACUAUGCAGCUCCUGAGGAUGAAGCCGGAAGGGCAAGUACCCUAUGUGGAGCUGUCCUUUAUUGAGCACCGGCGGUGCAGUUGCAGGCCUCAACGGGACACAUUAAAGUCAGGAAGGAGGAGACGCAAGGGCAGAGGCAAAAAAAGACAAGACAAGAAGAGAUAUAAAGACUGUGACCUAUGCACUGUUCCACGCAGGUAGCCACCUCAGCAGGAGAGGGGAGCACCACAGUGCCUGUAUUUAUUACCCAGCCCACUCUGGCCUUUGUGUGCGCCAGCUGCAUCCCUAACUAAACCUUGUGGGCCCACUGGUAACCUCCGAGCUGUGACCCUCCAAGCAGACAGGAAGCUGCAAGUGAGUGAAGAUGAGGAAGUGGCACUGCCUAGUCUUGCUGGUGAGGACAAGCUGGACUUUUGCUUGGCUACCUGCAGGGAAACAACUCCAGGUGAAGGAGACAAGAUGAAGCCAGUCACCAGCCCAGCUGCAGGGCCCUCCCAAGAGUCUCUGUAUUGUUAACAGCUGAGAUUAAAGGACUUUUGUUCUAGCCAAAACCAGGAUCACAGCACAGUGAAGGAGCAGCGGGGCUGAGGCUCACAGUUUUUGUCCCCUCCAUGGUGAAGGGAGGGGACCACAGGGAUGGAGCUCAGCUGAGCCUGUAACUGAAGCUUAGAUUCUGCUCUGCCAAGUCUGGGUCAGAGCUUGAGGAGGUGCCUGUUCCAUGGGCUGCAGCAUUGGGACCACUCCCUACUGCUGUCAACUGCAGGUGUCUGUGCUUUCAUCACAGAGCCUCCUGUUCCUGAGCUGCCAGCUGGGAAUAGGACUGUACAGUUGCAGAAACAUGAGCCCAGCUCAAGCCUCCAGUGCAACAUACCCUGGCACUGUUGUGGAAAAAGACAAAACUGGAGGAAAAAACAGUAAGCAAAGAUGGGGGCUGGCCUGGGUCCUACCUCCCAUGGGGUGGGAGAAGGGAAGCACAGGCUUGGGAGCCCCAGGCCCCCUCAGUACCCUGUAUGCAGCACAGUCCCUAGGGCUCUCACCUGGCUGUAGCACAGCAACAUCCAAUCCUACACCCCUCUGAAUAAAGCUGCCGUAAACUCCAGGAGCCAGCUGUGCAAA